UUGAAGAAAAGCGAAAGUACGACAAUGGACCGACCAUUUACCUUCUCUCUCUCUCUCUCUCUCCCUCUUAAGAAAGAAAACACACUUUCCUUUCCUGUUUCAGCGGAACAAGUAACAACUGAUCACCAUCUCCCCACGAAUCUUCCCCAUUCAAUCCCCACCUCUCAGUUUUCACAUAUUUAUACGACACCCAAAGCAGCCUUUUGUGUUUAUUUUUCUCUAUUCAACAAACCUGCAGGUGUGAUAGCAUAAACAUAUUACUACGAUCUUUCCCUUGUUUUUUCACUGGAAAAAAAAAAAAAACAAAGAGUUUUUACAGACAUGGGCUCCAUUUCCUUUGCCAAUUAUCAAACCCUGAAGCUAUUCCCUUCUUUCAACUCCUUUCUUCAUUCUAAGCAACCCUGCAUUGUCUCCUUGUACCAUCAUUCACAUAACGUAGUACCCUCUUUGUCUCUCCCCAAUAGACGCUCUUUUCGCCGUGCUGCUGGACUCAUCGCCAACUCUGUUCCCUCAAGAAACGGAAAUUAUACAGUGGGUGAUUUUAUGUCCAGGAAAGAGGAUUUACACGUUGUCAAAACUACAACAACUGUUGAUGAAGCAUUGGAGGCACUUGUGGAGAAAAGAGUUACUGGUUUCCCUGUGAUUGAUGAUGACUGGAAAUUGGUUGGCGUUGUUUCUGAUUAUGAUUUGUUAGCCCUUGACUCUAUAUCAGGUUGCAGUCAAAAUGACACAACUAUGUUUCCUAAUGUUGAUAGUACUUGGAAAACAUUCAAUGAAAUACAGAAAUUGAUCAGUAAAAAUAAUGGAAGAGUUGUUGGGGACUUGAUGACACCUUCACCGCUUGUUGUUCGUGAGUCAACAAACCUGGAAGAUGCUGCUAGGCUGUUGCUUGAAACCAAGUAUCGCCGACUACCAGUUGUAGAUGGUGAUGGCAAGCUGGUUGGAAUCAUUACAAGGGGCAAUGUUGUUAGAGCUGCCCUGCAGAUAAAACGAGCUAGUGAAAGGUCAUCAUGAUUCCUAGAUCUGCUGAAGAUAAUAAUCUCACUGCCAAAUUGAUGGCACAAUUCUUUUAUCAACAUACCGAUUAUUCUUUUUUCCAGUUAUUGGCCAUGUACAACUUCCACGGAAAAGUGAGAACUUAAUCUUGUUUAGUGAGCCUUCCUGAUGAUAAGGUUCAACAUCUAAUUUUUAGUUUAAAUUUCAUACAUAGGCCUGUUAAAUAGGGCAACAUUAGCUAGGAUUAGAAGUGCCUUUGCAGUAACCAUAUAUCAAAAGUUUUGUAUCUAAAUAUUUUUGUUUGCUUUCAUUUUUAGCUGUUAAAAGGUAUAUAUAUAAGUAAAUUUGCAUCAAUUUGAUCUGUUGAAGUA